AUGGUAGAUUUUAGAAGUUAUUUUAUUUUUCGGAUUUUUAUAUUUUUCGGUGUUGCUAGUGUUUGUUUGGGUGCUGCUUUUUUAGAAGAGCCACAGAGACAGCCGAUACCUCCUUCUAUUUCUUUUAUAUCUUCUCCAUCAUAUGAUCAGCAGAACCUGUACUACCCUGAGUUGUCGUCCAGACUGUACCAAGGUGACAUCUUGCAAGCUCCUCACGACGACUCUCGCAAUGCCAUCAACAUAGAGACGUACAAGUGGCCGAAUGGUGUGGUCCCAUAUGCGUUCAACCAGUCGUUCGAUGACCCCGAUGAACAGAAAAUUGUACGCAAAGCCAUGGAUGAGUUGGAGAGUAAAACUUGCGUUAGGUUUGUAGUCCGUGAGUCACAAACAGAAUACAUCAGUAUCAACAAGGAAAAGGACCAGGGGUGUUUUGCCAUGAUUGGCUACAGACCCAAGAGGGACAAGCCUCUCCCAGUCAACCUACAGUCUCCAGAGUGUUUAAGACACUCAGGCACAGUCCAGCAUGAGCUGCUGCAUGUACUGGGUCUGCUGCAUGAACAAGCACGUCCUGACAGGGACGAUCACGUCAAGAUCAUGUGGGAGAAUAUUGACAUGCAGUACAAGAAUGAUUUUGGAAAGGCACGAACUUCUGAAGUGACAACUUUUGGAGUACCUUACGACUACCAGAGUGUGAUGCAUUACCCCAAAUACGCCUUUUCUAAGAAUGGAAAGGACACAAUAGUUGCAGUGACCCCCCGACCGAGCGGUAUCCUGGGUCUGUUCCAAGGACCCACGGAGGACUCCAAGGUAGUAAUGGGUCAACGUAUUGGAGCUACGGACGGUGACCUGGAGAAAAUACGUCGGAUGUACAAGUGUCCUAAAUAAACCUGCUUUUCAGUAAA